AUGUCCUCUGCGCAGGUUGUUAACGUUACCCUUCCAGCUCUGUCUGGCUGGAGUGCCGACAAGGACUUCAAUGCUGUUGGCAAGCUCUCUGCCUCCACUCAGAGAAAUCUGGAGCCUGUUGGUCCUCACUUCUUGGCUCACGCUCGCAGAAAGCGUCACCAGCGCACCUUCUCCGAGGACGAGCGUAUCCAGGCCCAGCAGAACGUCAAGAAGACUGAGGAUGAUGAGGAUGAUGAUAUCUCCGAGGCUGAGGACGCCAUGAUGCUGUCCCGGGACGCCAAGGACUGGAAGAGUCAAGAUCACUACGCCGUUCUUGGUCUGAGCAAGUACCGCUGGCGCGCAACCCCCGAGCAGAUCAAGCGUGCUCACCGCAAGAAGGUCCUUCGUCACCAUCCUGAUAAGAAGGCCGCCCUGGGCGACCGUGACGAGAACGACAACUUCUUCAAGUGCAUCCAGAAGGCUACCGAGCUGCUGACCGACCCCGUUAAGCGUCGCCAGUUCGAUUCCGUCGACGAGGCUGCCGAGGUCGAACCUCCUACCAAGAAGGAGGCUUCCAAGGGCAAUUUCUUCAAGCUCUGGCGCCCCGUCUUCGUCGCGGAGUCUCGUUUCUCUAAGAUCCAGCCUGUUCCCCAACUAGGUGAUGAAAACAGCACCUUUGAGGAGGUUGAUUCCUUCUACAACUUCUGGUACACCUUUGACAGCUGGCGUACUUUCGAGUACCUGGAUGAGGAUGUCCCCGAUGACAACGAGAACCGUGACCAGAAGCGCCACGUGGAGAAGAAGAACGCCAACGCUCGCCGCAAGCGCAAGACCGAGGAUACUGCCCGUCUGCGCCACCUCGUCGACGACUGCGCCGCCCAGGACGAGCGUAUCAAGAACUUCCGCAAGGCCGCUCGUGCCGGCAAGGACAAGAAGCGUCUGGAGAAGGAGGCGGAAGCCAAGCGUCUGGCUGACGAGAAGGAGAAGGCCCGCCAGGAGGAGGAGCAGCGCAAGAAGGACGCUGAGGAAGCCGCCAAGGCUGAGCGUGAGAAGUCGAAGAAGGCCAAGGAGGCCGCCAAAAACGCCGCCAAGAAGAACAAGCGUGUGCUCAAGGGUUCCGUCAAGGAUGUCAACUACUUUGCCGAGUCUGGAGAGCCCUCUGCUGCUCAGGUCGACUCUGUCCUUACCGAUGUUGACUUUGUUAUCAGCAAGAUCGACAGCGAGGAGCUUGCCGCCUUGGCUGAGCGACUCACUGGUGCGGGUAAGGAUGCAGCCGCCGUGAAAGGGGUCUAUGUGGAGGAGGUGAAGAGACUGGUUGGAGCCGGCAAGGCCAAGGAGGGCGAGGCCAAAUUCUUCGCCUAG